UUAAAUAAGGCCUGCCGACCCGCUCUCUUUGUCUUGCUUCUUCAAAACAACAAUUUCCAUUAUUUUCCACCAAAUUAUUCAUUUCAUUCAACGAUGGCGAUUUCUACCAAUUUUCUUCUUCUCCUGGUGGCAAUAUCCGCCAUGAUGCUAUCUGCUUUCAUCAUAUCGCCGGCUGCUGCCUCUAGCGGUGGAGAUGAAUUUAUCUGGAUGUCCAAGCAGGGAGGAGGAGGAUGCAAGGGGUCCAUAGCCGAGUGUCUGGGAUCUGGAGAAAUGGAGAUGGAAUCGGAAAGCACUAGGCGUAUAUUAGCGACGACUAAUUACAUAAGCUACGGAGCGCUGCAAGGGAACAAUGUCCCGUGCUCGCAGAGAGAUUCAAUGAUGAAUCAGGUACAUAGGGUCUGCUAUCCAUUCCUUUUUGAGAUCAGCGUACACAUUUAUAUAUAUUUUUUCGAAAUUUGAAUGAGUAAUUAAAUCAAAUUCUGAAAACCAAGAACAGGUACCGAGAUUCGAGGCCCUUUAAGGUCCUUUUUUUAUUUAAUUCUUUGCCUUUAUCAUAUUCAUACGUACGUUGCUGUUUCUCCCUCCUAAAUCCUAACACUCUGUUUUGAAUUGGAUGAAUUAUUGUAUCUGAUCCACGACAGAUUUUAGAAAACAUGAAAUCAUCCACAGCAAAAGUUUAUCAGAUUUACCAUUAUAAACUACAUUUGCCUG